AAAUAUGCCAAAUGCCAAUGCCAGUAAAUCUGAUUUGUUAAAUGGUUAUGGAUAUAAUUUUAUAAAUACAAAACAGGACAGGAUCAGGUUUUAAAUACCUUAAAAUCAAUCAACAUGAAUAAGAAUCUUCAUCUUUUAAGAUAUUUCAUCAGACAAAAGAGAUUACACAGAUUAUACAGCACUGAAGUAAAAGAAAAUGAACCAAUUAAGUUUUCUACAAGCAGUGCUGCAAGAAAAAAUGUACAAUCAGUAUUUAGGAAAAAAACCCCUGAAAGCAUGCCUUGGUAUCAGCCAUUCAGCGUGGUAGGAAGUAUUGCUGUAUUUCUUAUUUAUUUCUGCAUACUUAGAGAAGAAAAUGAUGUGGACCUUGAAUUUAACAAAACACUCUAUGAUAGAAUACAAGGCUUAGAAAAGGAACAGUUGCUACAAAGUUAUAGAUUUAAUAAGGAACAUGGAAAAAGUGUGGAGGACAUAGAAAAGAGAUUAAAAGAAUUAGAAGAAGAAGCAAAGGUUGCAGUUUAAUUUAAGAUAAAUGUCAGCUUAGUAGGUAAAGUGAAAUAAAAUCUAAGUUAUUACAAACAGC